CUAACAUGAGGUGAGUGGAUCGGGUGUGUAUGAACUAGGCAGCUUGAGAGUGUUGUGGCACUGCAGCACUGGAGCUUUGACCACUAUGUUGCAGGCUUUUAUUUUGACAGACUGUGCGCAUGCGCAGUAGCAUCUCAUGCGGCGGUGUGUUCAGUGAUUGUUCCGCACUUUGUUUUGUGUUGUGAUAGAUUCGAACCCUUGUGUGCGGAUCUGUGCACCGGUUCACACACACACACACACACACACACACACACACACACACACACACACACACACUCUCCAUGUCUCUGCAGGGGGACUGCGACUUCCUGGUGAAACGGGCCCGGGAGCUCGUGAGCAGUGACCCGUGGGCCGCCAAAGCCUGGCUCAUCACCGCGCGCACCCUGUACCCCACCGACUUCAACAUACAGUAUGAGAUGUACAUGAUCGAGCGGAACGCGGAGAGGACGGCUUCGGCCGGCCGGCUGCUCUACGACAUAUUCGUCAGUUUUCCGGAUCAGCCGGUGGUGUGGCGGGAGAUCGGCGUGAUCACAGCGGCGCUCAGGAACGACAGUCAGGACAAGCACGCUCAGUUCCUCAAAGGUGUGUUUGAGACUCUCCCCGGUCCUGUACAGUGUCAGAUGUUGCUGAAAGCCACCGAGCAGUGUUUCAACACCCUGGAGAAAGCAGAGAUGCACCUCCUGCUGCUGAAGAGAUUCCCCGAGUCUGUCAUUCAACACGGCGUGAGUUUGGGCGAGUCCCUGUUGGAGGCGGAGAACGUGCAGGACCUGGACUCACCAGUCAACUGUUACAGGAAACUGUUCGUGUGUGACGUUCUACCGUUGAUCAUUAAUAAUAUGGAGAUGCGCCUCCCCGCCAGUCUGUUACACAAGUACAUGCUCAAAGCCGCCGAGUUUUACAUCGGUUACGUGACUCGAGGACCCGGAGCAGAUGCACAGCUACAGGGUUCCCAGGACGGCGGGGCCCUUAAGUCUCCCGGGAAGGGCCGGGGCCAGCGGGGCGUGAUCGACGGCCUGUCGGAGAAGUCGUCGCUGGUGUCGGAGCCGUGGGAGAGGCUGCUGGAGAUCGUGGGGGUGGUGGGGUUGAGGUGCGAGUGGCAGGGAGAGAAGGGAACCAGGACGUACUCGGACCUGCUGCAGAGGAUGAAGGAGUUGUGUCGGUAUUUACCCGGUCUGGAGGGGGAGACCCUGUCACGCUGCUGUGCCCAAAUCGUCACCUGUUCCACCCUGGUGCUGUUCCGCAGCGCCCACUUCUACAUCUCUACUGUACAGCCGUCACUCUUCCAGGGUCACAACAGUCUGGGUUCGAGCCCCUGGGUUCUGGUGGAGGACAUGUCGAGUGUGUUUAAUGAUGUAGAGGUGGAGAGACCCAGCGGAAAACACGCCCACAAAAAGCGCAAGCUGGCGGACGGGCGCGAGAAAACCAUGAGCUCGGAUGACGAGGACGCUCUGGGUAAGGGACGAGGGCGGCAUGUUUUUGUGAAUAAGACAGAAAUGCCGAGCUGGCCGGAGACGCUGGAACAUUUCCGUACGGCUCGAGAGAGCUGGGAUCUACUGCACUCACACGAGAGCCUGGAGUCAGAGUUUAAUCAAAUCUGCGCUGCCUGGAAGACGGAGAGCUGGCUGUGGUUCAGAAUCCUCCUCACAGACAUGAUCAUAUAUCAGGGUCAGUAUCGGAACGCUCUGUCCAGUCUGGUGCAGAUGUCCUCACUGCAGAACCAGAACCUUCAGACAUCCACCAGCAGCCUGGAGACGCACCGAGCUUCCAUCCAGCAGGCGUCCUGCCACUACGCCCUCGGAGAGCAUCGGCUGGCCUGUGAGAAGCUGCUGGAGGUCGUGAGCGGUCUGGUUCCUCACAGUCAGGAACCGAUGAGGUCCAGUGAUGAGCAGAACCGAGGAAGGAACAAACCCAGGAAAGCUAACGACCUGAGACUGAUCCCCUGCACCAACAGAGACGUUCUGCCCUUCUGUCUGCAGCUCAUGCUGGCCUGCUUCAAGUUGCGAGCGUUCGUAGACGGCCACAGAGACGACCUGGCUCUGGGUCAUGUGACCGUCCUCCUGCAGCACGAUUGGCCCCAGGGAGAGACCCUCUUCCUGAAGGCGGUGGAUAAGAUUUGCGACCAGGGCGCUUUCCAGUACGAGAACUUCUUUAACUACGUCACCAACAUCGAUAUGCUGGAAGAGUUCGCGUACCUGCGUACGACGGAAGGUGGGCGUGUCCAGCUGGAGCUGCUGCCCAAUCAGGGGAUGUUAAUCAAGAACCCCAGCCCCACCCUGGGGGUGGAGUUAAAUACCCUGCUGCUUCAAGGGGCUCAGAAGGCUGACAGGCAUCACACGGUGACCCGCGGCAUCACUAAAGGCGUGAAGGAGGAUUUCCGGCUAGCGAUGGAGCGUCAGGUGUCGCGCUGUGGAGAGAACCUGCUCAGCGUGCUGCAUCGCUUCUGCAUCAACGAGAAGAUCAUCCUGAUCCAGUCCCUGCCCUGACCUUUGACCUCUUUUGUUUUAUACUGAGAGGCUGGACACUCUCGGAGGAGAGCACUAAAGUCCUCGUUUAUCUGGAUUUUCCCCCAUUUAUCUCUCAAUUUUGUCAUGUCCAAUGACUGAUAGGUUAACCUCUGAUCAAAGAGAGCCCCUUCUGUUAUGGGUCCAAUUCAUGGCCACUUCUUAUCACCUGACAAUGUUGGGGAGAGACGCACUAAGCUCUAUGUGACCUCCCCCACUACUUCCGGAGAUCACAUAUCACAGCGCCAGCAGGAAGAGACGCCGUCCAACCCUCCCUCCCUCAAACACACCCAAUCGUGUUCGUGUGGACGCCCGGCCAGGCUGGUAUCUCAGUCACAGGUAGCUUUGGCACUGUGGGGAUUUGUUCCAUUAUUGUACCCACCUGAUCAGCUGCCUCAGUAGAGAGGAUUCUAAUCAGACCUGGAGCUCAUCAUCAGAUUAUUUAGACGCUCUACUUAUACAGAGACACACCCAUCAUUCAGUCAGAUCAUCACUCAGAAUGAAGGCGCCUCAGUAGGAGCAUUUUAAGGGAUCUUAGCGUUUAGACACGCCCUCUUCUCGGGAGUGUAGGAUGAUGGGAAAUGCGUCUGUGUAGAGAGAGAGAGCGAGGGUUUCACACAGACCCUUCAUGUUGUACCGGAUUUAUAGGCGUGCAUGGACGUGGAGUCAUUUUGUGAUAUGAGAUCAGAAUCGUGGUUCGAGAGCGGAACGAGUGAGCUGUGGUCACACGAAAAUCACGGCUGUCACCACCUGGACCCCGGUCAUGCAGUCACACGCAACACUUUUGCCUGGGUUACACAAAUAAUGUACAGUAAAGACGACGUGCACGUGUGUUUUGUAUUAAUAUCGUCUGUAAUAAUGACAAUUACUGAUACCUUGUGAAAAAAAUGAGUGAAAUUUAAUAAAAUAAAUACGAUUGUUUUCUUUUUUAA